AUGGCAGAAAAAUGUAAAGAGCCAGCAAAGUCAGCUGUGGUGAUAACAGACUUCAGCAAAAGAGAAAUCAGGGAAAGAAGGCCAAGUGAUCCUGAAAUCCUGUCUGGGGGUAGUGAGAGUGUUGAUGAUACUGACAAGGAAAAUGAACAGAUAAAUGCACAGAAAUCAGGAGGUAAAAAAUCUGGUUAUGGCUCAUAUGCCUCUGCUUUGCGAAAAGGAUCACAGGGUGCUGAUGUGGACAAAAGAAAGGAACGAUAUGCUGCUGCCAUUGAGGGAUACAAUGUCAGGGAUGAUGAUGAUGAUGACAUUAUGGAUUAUUCACCUCGUGACCCUACAGACCAGCAACCAGACAUCAAGUCAACUGCACCAGUAAAAAGAAUAAAAGAAGAUUACCUGACCUCAGCAUCUGGAGCUGGUAGGAAAAUAGAACAUUCUGAGGAACAACCAACCCCCCAUCAUUUGGAAAGGCAGUGGCCUCCUCCACCUUCAGAGAAUGAUGAUGAUGAUGAAAAAGAUGGAGAACCCCGGCAAGGCGUGGUGAAAACAUUUGAGGAACCUGAAGCUGUAGAAGAAAACAGAGGAGUUGAUGAAGGUCAUGUUGACUCAGUCAAGUCUUUGAAAGAACAGUGGCAGGUUAAAGAACCAUCCAAAUCAUUGGGUGUUAACAAACCCUAUGUCCCCUUGAAGAAAGAUGAUCUGUGGAUCACUCAUUUUAGGCCUGUCAUUGAUGAAGGGGAAGCUCCAAAGGAACCUCAAUGGUUACAGACAGUAAGGCAGCGUAGAUGGAGAUCCACUGUAGCAGCACGCUUUCCUCAGGAUGAACAAGAGAAGGCAGUCUUUGAAAAUCGCUCUACAACACCAAGAAAAUUUAAGAAGCCUAAUCCUUACUCUCUCAUGCGUUCAAAGUCUGACCUUGAUGAUGAAUUUGAAAUUGCUAUGAGGCGUAGGCGUCGGAAAACUGAUGAUGAAGACUCCGUUGAUGCCAGCAAGCGUUCAUGGUCUUCUUUUGGGGAGGCAGAUAAUUCUGAUUCUGUUGCUGUGCUGAGUAAGGUUCCAAUAAAAGGCCCCUUGAAGGAGUACAAGAAAAACCUUGAAUUGGAAAGGGCACGCACAACCAUGUUAAAAUGGACAUUUUCAACAGACAUGGUUGAUGAUCCCCUUCGAUUUGACCUUCCCAGGCCCAUUGACCUAGCAACGCAGGAAGACUACGAAAAAGAGCAAGAGUGGAGGUAUAUGCAGUCACGGCGGCGAUUUGUGAGUGGAAGUGAAACUGAUGUGUUUGGAGAUUCAUCUAUGAGAUCAUCAAUGUCCUCAUUGAGUGAUGGGGAACACCUCCCCAAGUCGCCUGUUUCUGGCACUCCUGGCCAACAUCUGGAAAAGACAUCUAUUAGUUCAGGAGAGUCACUCAGUCCUGAGCCUACAGCUGAUGAGCAUGCUGGACCAGCUGACUCAGCUGAACCAGCCAGAGACUACAUGUUUAGUCAGGGUGUGUCUGAUAUUAAGAAGAAUUUGCUCACUUCAACAAAAGAAGAAUCGCUAAAACCCACAAUUGCAGAUGAUAAUCUUGAAUAUGUUCCUAAACUGGCUGAUAUUAAGAAGAAAAUGCAAGAAAAAGAAGAAUCAAUACCAAAGUCUACUCCCCUCAAUGAAGAAAUCCAGAUGCUUCCAAAGAUGAAAGAUAUAAAGAAUAGAUUUUUGGCCCCCAAAAAGGAGCAAGUUUUGAAAAACCCAGAGUUUGAAGAAGGGGAACAGUUUGAGAGACUGGAAAGUCUAAAGAGUCGGUUUCAAGCUAAAGAACAAAAAGAAGAGCCAAGGGCUUUGAGUAAACCUAAGUUGAAAAAGAAACUGAGUACUAGCGAUGAUAUGAAAGCAAUCAUGGCAAGCCGAAGGCAGAUGACAGAUGAGUUUGUAAGUGAGAGUCCAGACACUGCACAAGAGAUAAAGAGUUUAGCAACUGAUAUUGCCAAGACCUUUGGUUCUGAGGUUGCUGAUUCUCCAAAGCAAAAGAAAGAAAAAAGAAAGAAAGGAAAGGAAGAGAAAAAGAAAGCAGAAGUAAGUGAUAGUGGAACUGAAGAAAGUGAGACUCCAAAUUUUGGUCCUUGUGGAAAGCCAGAAGGAUGUGGAACAGAUGAUGAGCUUGAAAAACGCUCGAGCAAGGAGCUGGAAAUUUUGCCAACACUUGGAAAUGAACUGAAUGAGGAACCAGAGCCCAUUUACAACAAAGGCAAAGUUUCUCUAGCUGAGUAUGGUCCUUGUGGAAAGCCUGAAGGUUGUGGAACAGAUGAUGAACUUGAAAAACGCUAUAGCAAGGAGCUGGAUAUUUUGCCAACACUUGGAAAUGAAUUGAAUGAGGAACCAGAGCCAAUCUACAACAAAGACAAAGUUCUUCCAGCUGAGUCCACCUCCUUGGAAAGUGCUCCACAAAGAGAUUCAUUCACUGAUGACGAUCAAAUCGAGCAUUACAGUACAACAAGUGAUGACGAUAAGAUCAAGAAGCAAGAAUCACUAGACACAGUGGAAACCUCAGCCAAAGAGAGUGAAACUGAGAGUGAAGCAGAAAUGCACUUCAAGAAAGAAGACAAAGAUACUGUUGAAGAUGUUGAUGAAGACUUCUUGAGCUCAGAGAGUGAAAAUGACAAGGAUGAGGAAGAUGGGCCAAGUGAAGCAGAAAUUGAUGGGAACUUGACAUCUCGCUCAUCAACUGAUAGACCCUUGUCAUACACAAUUGAAGAUAACAUUAAGAAAAGACUGAUUAAGGAGGAUGAUGAGAGGCCAAAGUCAUUUACCUUUGGUGAAGGAGAAAGUACAGAGGAUCCAUGCAUCACAUCCAAGUAAGUCUACGAGUCCAUUUUUGACCAAAGUCCAAAACAGAACUAGUAUUACUUGUAAACAAAUUCUCCCAAUUGAGAAGUGUCCCAUUAGAAGUCUGCAAUCAUAUGUCACAUGUAUGUAUUACUUAGUUAAACUCUUUUUUUUGGAUUCCAUUACUAACCCUUUACACCCUAACAUCAGUUUCCAUAUUCUCCAUACAAAUCUCUAUACUUUAUUUUGGUCUUGACCAGGAGAAUUUGUUUCAGACAAUCAAAGCUACUUAGGUCGGCAAUCAUUCCUUUAUUCUCAUGAUCUUAAUGAAUGACUUAACAUUGCUACUGUAAGGAGAAAUUAAAUGCCGGUCACUCUCAGGGUUUUAAAGGGUUACUUUGAAAAACCUUUUCAUGGAUAAGUUGAUGAUCAUAUUAAGUUUUGAUUGAUAGUGACAUCACCACAGCUUCUUUUUCAAGAUCUACAAGUUUUCUUAAUUGCUGUUAAUUUUUUUAAAAUCUACUUUAGCUUGAAGGCCUUUUCUGACCAAAGAAGGAGAAUCAAGCCAACCAGACGGCGUGCGGCCAGUAGUAACCCUGUGCGUCAGCGACAAAACAGAGAUGACCUUAGAACUACUACAGAUGUGAGUUAAUCUGCUCUGGAUCAACUUGUUGCUUAGAGCUUUGUCUAGUUGCAAUGUGUUACAGUAAAUAAGUAUUAUCACAAAAUAUGAUUACAAUGAAUGGCAUUACAUUUACUGACUCUGAUUUUCAAUUGCUGUAUUGUUCAGAUCCUGUACAGGCCUGAAUUUUUUCAAGCCAUAUUUUCACUAAUGCUGAAGUAGUGUUCAUCACUGCAAAGAUGGCUUUCAUAUUCACUUCUUCAUCCGCAGUUCAUAUAUAUGAUUUUCAUAUAUUCACAGUCAUUUAUUCAUCACUUCAGGGGAUUUUUUGGAAUCAACAUAAUGAACAGCUACCAGUUGGCUUGGUAGCUCAGUUUAAGCACUGCACCAAUAGCAGAGAGAUCAUAGGUUCAAAUCCCACCCAGGCCUGAAUUUUUUUCAGGCCUUAUUUGCACUACUACCCAAGAAGCAUUCACUGCUGCAAAGAUCACUUUCAUAUUCAACUGAAAGUUGUUGUGUAGCAAAGCCUAAUGUUGAUACUCAAAUUUGGCUGCUUCCUGACUGUCAUUAUAACUAACCUGAGACAUUUUUUCCUACCAGAUUCUUAAGAUCGGAGAGGUGGAGAAGCCAUCAAUGGUAAACAAGAAAAGUAAGCUGAUGUUUCAAGUUGUUUGAUGUAUAGAAGGUUUGAUUAAGGAAGCUAAUCUUAAGUAUUUGUCAACACAAGGUGAAGUCCUGCACAUGACUCAUGGCACUAUCCCAUUUUCCUUUUAAAGGAGCAGCUACACUCUCAGACAUAAUUAGUUGGGACUCUUCUCCAGGACAAGUUCUGUGAUGUUCUUUUUCCUCUUUCUCCCUUUCAGUGUUGUUAAUUGCCAUCUUGUAGGACAACAUUGAGAUGGGCAGGGGAGGAAAAAGGUGUCUGAAUAAAUGUAUCUGGGAGAGUAGGUCCGCAGAUUAUUGCUUCUUUUCUUAGAUGGGUCAACCUUUAACCCCUGUUAAUGAUAAGCAUCUAAUUUCUCCUAACACUAUCACCACUGAAUGAGACAAAAUAGUUACGAGAAUUAAGUAAAUGAUCACAAACUCUAUGAACUCUUGAUUGUUAGACAAAUUCUCCCUCUAGAUACUGAGGAAAAUGUAUAGAGAACAGUAUGGAGAAAUUGUAAACUGGUGUUAGGGUAUAGAGGGUUAAUAUUUCAUCACGAGUCAUCCUUCUCCCAUCUUGAGAAAUUUUUUUUGGUUCCCUCCACAGUUCAGUCAGACAGUAGGACUUAAAUCCCUUAGUUAGGAACACCAUAUUAUGACAUGCACUAUAGCCAGAAUCCUAACAUUUUGAUUUGGAGUCUGAAGUGCUGAAACAGGGCCAAUGUGUUUCUUUACAAAUGAAAUUGAUUUUGUUGUAUAAUUUAAACUUAUUCCUCAGAAAAACAGAAAGGUUUCACUGAUGAAGCAAUUGCUGGUUUGUCGAGCACAGAAGAUCUGGCUUCUGCAAGCACUGCACUGAGAAAGACAGCCAAAGAUGCUUCAGGAGUUAGCAAGGAGAUCAAAGAUUUUGGAGGAUUUUUACCGGUCAUGCUGUUACAAAUUAAAGGUUUGUGCCAGUUUCCCCAAUAAACCCUGUGCUUUCCAUGAUGUGAUGAGAAUUUUCCUCAUGACUUUAGAGAUUUCUUUAAAAAUUAUGUUAGAGAAUAAGGAUAACAGUCUUAAACCGAUUAGUUUGCUUCAUUCUCCUGAUCUCUAUAAUUGAUGCUGUAUCACCAUUUUACUUUUUAACCCAUUGUAGGGACCAGAAUCUUACAAUAUUAUAAAAAAAUUAUUAAAAAAUAACUAAAAAAGCAGUAUAGUAAAAACUCCUUCUUUGUGGGCUAUGCUAUGGAUGCAGUGGGUUUCUAUUUUUAGACAAAUAUCCUACAACACUACCUUCUAGCAUCAUUAUGCAACCCCUAAUUCACUUCAAUUCUAUAGAAAUUGUACUGUAUCAGUAGUCACAUGCAUUUUUUUUCUAUCAAGAUUUAAGAAUUAAAUGUAAUGAAGAUAGACUCUUUGUCAUAGCAGCUUAUGAAAAUCGGCUUUUGCUUUAGGUUCAAGGCAUAUUCAGACAAGAUUGGUUGAGCCUUCAGUCAAAUCACUUAAUUCUGGAGACGUGUUUGUAUUGGUGACUGCAAAGGAUAUCCAUUUAUGGAAUGGGAAGGAUGCCAGUAUAAUGAAGAAAGCUAAGGUAUGUGGCAUCCUGUGUUCACAUGGAAACCUCUAAUAGAGAACACUUUCCAUGAAAUAUGGAUGCAGUUAUGUUGGCCUAAGGGUUUCUCCUUCUGGAGAUUCAUCUUUUUAAAUAUUUUGAGAUUAAGAAGAAGUUUUAUGGACCAAGUAUAUGGAGUAGAUCUUUACUUUGAGGUCCUCUACAGGUUUCUGUAGGAGGAAGCAAGUGGUAUCAUUGCUGCUCUCCUUGAAAAAUUUAUUCGUCCAUCACAAUUUAUCUCUCAGCAGUUUGUCAUGUUCCCUUGAUAGCAAGCUUGUGCCCAUUUCUCUCCUGAUGGAGAGAAGCACUGUUAGACUGAAUUGUGUUGCCCAAGGUCACAACACAAUAGUAUCGGUUUAAACUAAAAUCUUUUGACCUGCAGCAAAGAAAUGAAAUCAUUUCACAACCAUGUCUCCUUGCUGGUCUUGCCAACAUAAAAAAUCUAUAAUGGGGCUAUGACUGAUCAAUCUUUUUUAACAGGGAAUGGAAGUUUCCACUAUCAUAGUAAAGCAGAAAGACUUGGGUUGUAAUGCUACAAAAGUUCAUAUCAUGGAUCAAGGUCGUGAGAUAAAUGAUGCUGGAACAAAGUUCUUCUGGAAGACUUUGGGAGGCAAAGAUGAUGUCCCAGGUACCAUUUUGAUAUCGAAAAAAUUUGAAGUUUUUUCAACAACUGAUGCUGACUUUUAAAUCUUUGAAUGCCCAAUAUCUGCCCAAUAUCUGCCCCAUAAUUCUCCCCUAUCGCUGCUAUACAUAUCCUUGUAAAUAAGUUAGGAGAAGUUGAUAUAUAUAUAUGUUAUUCACCAGAAGGGAGGUCCGUAGUGGGAAAAACUGUGCCCGAGGUCUUGGAUACCGCCCGAGGCCGUACACAAGACAGAGGGCACAGUUUUUCCCAAUACGGACCGAAACUACAUGCAAAGUUGCGAAAAAAGAGAGGGAGUAAGAAAGCCUGGGUGAGUGGGAAAGCUGUUGCCUUGUAUGGCGAGAAAUAUCUUCGUUACAUGACACCUGAUAUCCUAACUUGAACCCAGCCCCCCCUCUUUUCUUGCCUCACUUCCAAGCUCAGACGUCAAGAAAAGCACAAAAUCACAGUGAUUUUAUUACCCAGGGUUAUCACAUCCUAACUAGAUGCUCUUUGUUAUAGAUGCGGCAGAUCUUCCUUCCGAUGAAGUACAUGAGAGAAGUUUGAUAAAGACCAACUUGAUUUACAGAGUCAGUUGUACAUCAGAUCCCCCGGAACUGGUACUUCGUGAUGACCUGUCAGGACGUGUCCUCAGUGCAGACUUGAUGGAUAAUUCGCAGGUAUGCUGUGACACGAGAUCAGUUCCCUAUUGAUUGACUCAUAUCAGAUAUUGAGCAUAAAUAAAGUUUUCCCUAAUUUUGUGUCUGUGGAUGAAACCCUCGUGAGUAACCAUUCAAAUAAAAGUUACUGAUUAGUUACCCAGCGGUCGACAUUGGGCAUGCGCGAGGGGAUCAAUUUUGGCCGGCACCCGCCAAUUUACCGCGAAAAAUUUUAAAGAAAAACUAAACAAACAACCGCUGUUUCGCAAAGUAAGCGAAUGAAAAUCGAAAUCUGUGAAAUAAACAAAGGAAGGGAAAUGGAAAAUUCGAGAUUUUUUCGAACACAAAGCUUAAUCAAUUACGGCAAUCCUGUUGAUUUACCAUUUGUUUUGAGCUUUACUAAAAAAGCUCUACGCUUUAAAAACACCGUGACUCACUGGCUUGAGUUGUUGUUGUUGUUGUUUUUUUUUUAAACUUGUGUAAGACAACUUGGUUCUCACAGCGUUAGCUCGCCACUUGAUCAUUACAACCUCACGCAUGCGCAGACGUUUGACCGCUGUGCUGUUUAUUGUCCUGAGUGAGGUGUUUUUAGUUUUCAAAACUUUGAACGAUUUUCCUUGUUGGAAUGAAAUCAUUCGGAUCACGGAGAUCAGAUACCCUUUUGGUUACUGUGAUGGACUCCCGAUCUAAUGGUCCGGUUUAUGUGUUGUGUUCUCAUAAAACGCCCAACUCGCCGAACCUUGGAUAAAAGUUGUAGAUAACUACUUUUAAUUAGUCAGAAAGUUGUGCCUCCUCAUAACUAACAAAUAAAAACUGAUUCCCGUUGUUGCUCAUCCAGGCGUACGUGGUUGACUUUGGUUCAGAAGUGUACCUGUGGCUCGGUAGAAACUGUGACGCUUUGGCGCGAGCAAAGGGCGUGGCCUUGGCACAAGAGAUCUUUAAUAAAUCAUUCAAGUUCAGGAGUAGCCUCAGUCCGUUAGACCCUAAAACGCUCUUAGAUGAUCCGCCCAAGACAACUGAAGUAACUCGCCCAUCCUGGGCUUUGUUUGGGCGCAUGACAGCUCGUUCAGAGACUGUGCUCUUUAGGGAAAAGUUCGUUGAUUGGCCAGAUCAUAACGUCGAUUACACACAGGAUUUUGUUAAACAGCCCAUAAGUGGAAGCUUCACUGAUCUGUCUGAGGUAGGUUGGUAGUAAAAUAUAAGUUGUUUAGGUCAUUUAGAUUUAGUUAUUGCGAGUUCGGGAAUGCGACAAAAGAAGGCGAGCGAUUAGGAGAAAGGAAAAAAAAAAAAGAUGCGUGAAAGUCAGAUGAAUUCGUUUUCCUCAAGAUGCAGGCAGCCAAGAAAAUUGCUGUGUUUCAAUUUCCACUUUGAUUUGGAUUUGUGGGUUUGAAAUCAAGAAUUACUUGUUCGUGUUUCAUUGUUGUGUUUAUUGGAUCUAAACACAUCUUUUUCCACUGUAUAACUUCGAAUAUUGAGGCUCAAUUAAUGUAAACUUCUUCAGUUACGCUUCUUACUAAUAUGUUAUAUUUGUACUAACGAACUGCUACUUAGUAAUAGUGUGUCAGAACUCUAUUCCUGACACUAGAAAUCUAAACGAAAGUAUUAGUCUAAAGAUAAUUACACUGUAACGGCUAAUUUAUGUUCAGCAAAGGUAUGAUCAAUUCAGCUGAAGAUAUACUUUUACUAAGCUUCUCAUAUUUUGAUAACCCUUUUCCUAACCUCUGAAUAUUGUGUUCUAAGCGGUGCUUGAAGAUAUUGCUUAAGUAGUACACUGGGGCACUACUGUAAACAGCCAAUCAGAGAAGAGUAUUUUGUACCACGUGCUAUUAAUGAACCAAUCAUUUGGCCGGAUUGGCAUCUAAGAUGGCGAUUCGAUAUUGCGCAACCUUCGGUGCCCAUCCGGCCAUAUGAUUGGUUAACAGGUAAUUUAGUGUUAACAACUGAGUUGAAAACGUAAAUUAUCCACCGUAAAGGGUAAAAAGCAUGACGUUUUGAGCGUUAGCCCUUCGUCAGAGCGAUUCUAACUCAGUUAUUAACACUAAAUUACCUGUUAUACUCUCCCACUGACGCAGCACUACAGUUUUUUUAAAAACUUACCCCCAUAUGAUUGGUUCAUUUGUACCACGUGGUACAAAAUACUCUUCUCCGAUUGGCUGUGUACCAUAGUGCCCCCCGUAUAUUACUUGCUUGCCCAAUGGCUAGGUAACAAAUUUCGCUAAUUCUCUUUGUUCGCGCGUGUUAAAAUUCUAUUAUAUAUCAAUCUAAUCGUUUGUGGCGCUGAUAUUGCAUUUCUAGAGCGACAAAGCUUCUGACUAAGAUAAAUACUUAAAUACUGUUUCUUAAUGAGUAUUGUAAUCUUUCUGAUCUUUCCACUAACCCUCUUCACUAAUGCAAGCAGAAGGCUUAUUCUGAUCAUGAAGAGAGCCGGGAUGUAAGAACACGAAGCAAAAAGGUAUGGGGCGGACGCAAGAUGUACUUUCAUCGAGAAUCAAGUAAAACCGGUUUUGGCCACACAUAUACAAUCACAGGUCGCGCUUACGUAGUAUAAUUGCUAAGCAAACUAAAACGUUUCCCGUGUAAAACAGAGACCAGAUUGUUUUUGGCCAAAUUCUGAUUGAAAGUGAUUGUGGGUAGUUGCAAUUCAGACUUGCUCCACACAGCAUACCUAAGAUAAGAGUUUCACAGCAUACCUAACAUACACGGGUUUAUGCAGCAUACCCAAGAUGUCCGUCGACGCAGCGCAAUGAUUCUUUAAACACCAAUUGCCAUAAACAUUUACUCUUAUCUCUCCGUUGAUACGUGUGCUAUCAUUGAUCAGGUUAGCGGGCCCUAUUUUACUGCUUGGCCCGCACAAUUCAAAAAUUCUUUGAAUUGAAAUCUUCUCCUCCAUAACUCCGAGCGGAAAAAAAGGGGUUUCGUUACUUUGCAGUACGGGCCUUGAACUCAGUUGGUAAGAGGUAGUCAUCACAAUUUUUCAGUGGCUUACUCAGCACAUCCAAAAGGGGCUUUGAGAUACACUUUAUUUUGUUAGAAAAGCUUUUUAUAUUUACAUACGAUAAUACAUACAAUUUUCAGAAGCGACCCAGCAGCAUAUUCGAGAUGCAGCCUUGUGAACCUGCAGACUUGAUUGAGCUUCCUUCUGAGCCAAGCUUGAUUCUAGAGGGUAUGUUGUUUGGCCGAUCAAACUUUUAUAUCUCCAAAGGGACCUGUAAUUAUUUAUUGCCCUGGGGAAGGGGCAAGGGGGAGUUUCCGCCAACAGAGUAUUUUGAGGGGGGGGGCGCUAAAGAAAAUUGACCGUCAACGAGAGGGAAUCAUAAGAAUACAAAAGAGCCAAAGGAGGGAUCAGGUAAAUUUUAGUGUCGCAACCAAAAUCCAUCGCUUCCCCCAUUCUUUAGACGAAUAAUACAGAGCUUAAGGAGGGAUCAGGUAAAUUUUAGUGUCGCAACCAAAAUCUAUCGCUUUUCUGCCCCCUCCCCCACCUCAAGACUAAUAAUACAGAGCUUAAGGAGGGAUCAGGUAGAUUUCAUCGUUACAUAACCAAAAUCCUUCCCCUUCCCCCCCGACGAUAAAUCAUGACCAGUCUCCAACUCGUAAGGUGGCCUGUCCAGUAAGGUAGUGAUCCAGCAUACCACUAAGAUCUGCAAUAUAAACACCGUCGUGUGCUACAAAUAUUGAGGGGAAAAAUGUACCUUUUCAGUACUUUUGUUAACAACUUUCCGGCUCACUCGAGUUGUCUGUACGUUUUCCCUCUUUCACGCAUGUUAAGAGACUGAAGUCCCAACUUUAAACAUGCAUAUAAGGUAAGAGUGGAAACUUAACUUCAAGGUUGUCGUAGACUUAUUUUUCGAGCAGUUUAUGGUCAGUUUGGAGUGGAUAAGAAUACUUCAGCAUUUGUUUAUCUGUAGGUUUUGACGUGGGGCGUGGCACAGGUACCGUCGAUGAUGAGGGGCGGCAGUUUAUUGUUUCUUCAAUUUCAUUGAAAAUCUGGCAUGUUAAGGAAUAUUCUUAUCAACUGCUCCCUGAAGAGGAACAUGGCCAUUUUUUCUCAUCAGAAGGUUGGUAAUCAUUUUUAGAUAAGUUGGCUGCUUUGUUUUGCUCGGUCCUUAGUUAACAUCAUCAUCGGUUAACAUUACAUUAAAACUCCGUAAACAGUGAACUUAUUAUUGCAACGAGUGUGCGGCCGUUUACAUUAUGUCUGGUAAAGCCAAACCCAAAGAAAACACAACGGCCAAUCAGAACUAUAGUAGGCAUUGCAAUGAGCCAAUGAGAACUCAGGGUAAAAGCGCGGGAAAACGCGUGCGACCAAGUCACAAUUAGCUUUAAGUUGUGCGUGAUUUGUGGAGAGGGUGGUGCAAGUUUCCCAGGUCCAUGGCAGAGAGAAGUAAAGCGAAAAGAAGAAAGGAAAAAAAGAAAAUGCGACCCUGUAUUUUUUCGCGAUUCAGUUAAAAGGUAGAGUUGUUUUUACGCGAACUGUUCUUAGUGCUUUGUGAGCUAAGGGCUCCUUGAUUUAACAAAGCGUUGGAAGCUCCAAAAUUAAAGCGAUAGGUAAGCGCGGUGGGUUUUAGAUGAAAUUUCACAUGGUUUACCGUAUUGCUGAACACACUCUUCCACUGCUAGGUUACGUGGUGAGGUGGAAGUACUGUGUGAAGUUGACAGGCGUUAAGACACUGAAGGGGAAGCAGUCUCGCUAUGAGGAUGUUGGUCGGGAUAAGGUGGCGUACUUCUUCUGGCAAGGAAAAGACAGUUCACUGAAUGAGAAAGGAACUGCCGCUCUUAUGACUGUCGAGCUUGACUCCGACAAAGGGCCUCAGGUACCAUCCCACCUUUUAAUACCCAACGAAACGAGGACGGGCAAUCAAAACGGCCAUCCAAACAUAGAAAAUUACCAAGAGCCAAUCAGAAAUCAAAGUAUGAACACGUGGGCAAGCUUCAAGCGCGCGAAAACGCGAAUGAACGAGUUGCGACUGGUUUUUAAUUUUGCAUUUACUUGGUUGAGAAGGUGGCACUGGAUUUCAAAACUGACGAUGCUUUCUCGUUCACUUGCUCACCAACUUGAAGCGCUUCGCCCUUUAAAAAUGCAAGGAAAGGAAAAAGGAAAAAGAGCUAAUUUAAAGAAUGAUUGUCUUCCAGGUUUUGGUCGCGCAAGGAAAGGAACCUCCUUGUUUCACAAGAUUGUUCGAAGGAAAGAUGGUUGUUCACUUAGGAAAGUGAGUCUCUCUAAAACUUCUUAGACAAACAUUUUACCUUUUGGAUUUCCGGAAAUAAGCACAAACAAGGUUUGUUCGAUUUCUAGAAAUUUGACGCAAUUUACUUUUUGUUUUAUUGUACAGGAAAGAUUCUCUAGAGGAGACAGGUAUGAGUUUACACCGUUAAUGAUGUUCUUCUUAGCAAGUAGUUUCUUAUAGGGAACAACAGCUGUCGGUUAUUUAGUUUGCUGAUAGCUGUAUGUUCAUAGUUAUGCUGAAAUUAUGCUAAUUAGAGCGCUUUUGGACUAAGUUUCUAAGCACCAAAACCUGCCAAUUAGGCCAAAGGAAAGUGUCUCGAGUAGCUAAUGAUAAUUCAAAGUGAAAAUUCGCAAACUGUCCCAAGCACGGGAAAACGCGGGUGGCAAAGUCGCGAUUAGUUUUAAUUUUGAAUCUGAUUGGUUGAGAAAAUGGCGAGAGUUUUUCGAUCAAUCUCUUGGGGGAGUAGAGCAAAACCAGAGCAAUCCUAGAUUUCUUUCGAAUAACGGGGAUAAAUUUCUAAAGAAACUGCGGUGUUGGAGAUUAUAACAGCGUAAUUUAGUAUUAUCAACUGAGUCAGUUGCUCUGACAAAGGGCUAACGCUGUAAAUGUCGGCUUUGAAACUCUUUACGGUGGCCAAUUUAAGUUAUCAACUCAGUAGAUGAUACUAAAUUACCCUCGAUUACUUUUAACACGCAAUUGGAAGCUGCUCGAUAGACAUCGCAGUUACUUUCGACGAUUGCCCCCAAACAAGCGCCGUUUGUCAGUUGCAAAAUUAUAUAUAUACGCCGCAGCAUCUGUUUGAGUAAAUAAAUGGUAGUUAAUAUGUUACUUUCAUUUUGGUCUCUUCUGAAGAUGAUGGCGCGCUUUUCAUCGUGCGAAAUGAGGAACCCGAAGAAUCUUAUUUAUUACAAAUACCAGCAAGGUGAGGUUAUUUGGCAGGAAAUUAUUCAAUUAUUUAAUCGUUGAUUGAGUGAGCUGAAACCAAGAGGAAACAAACAUAAGGUGCCGGUUUUAACUUAGAAGAAAACAAGCAGUUUACAUUGUAGCCUGCAGGCAGACCAUCUGCAGGACGCGGGUUACUUGAAUAUAACUUUACACUGUGUUGAGAAUUGAUCUUUUCUCUCGUUUUUACUUACAGUUCCUCAUGCCUGAGAUCGCGUACGUCAUUUAUUGUAGCGGACAACAAGAAAUCAAUCGUACAUGCCUGGCACGGCUGUCAAUCCCCUGCAGCCACGAAGCAAGUGGCUGUAAGCGCCGCAAAGAGACUAAAGAAAUGGUAAGUAACAUGUUUGGAAUUUUAGGAAGGAAAAACCCACUGAUGAUAGUAACCAGACGGUAUUUUUUCGAAUAUCCUACCUGUAACUAUAGAGGUGAAGUUUUAGAGCGUAAAUAUUUAGCUUUAGGAGAGAAUCCUUUUUGCUGCUGCAAAAUAGGGGUAAGAUUCUAAAGGAACUGUGAUGCUGCGUCGGUGGGGGCAUAACUAGAUAAUUUAGUUUUAUCAAAUGAGUUGGUAAUGUAAAUUGGCCACCGUGAAGAGAGUUUCCAAGGCUGACGUUUCGAGUGUUAGCCCUUUGUUACAACGAAUGUUUUCUGAUUUUAUCGUUUGGUAAAUCUUCUGUUUUUUCCACCUUACUCCAACAGGUUCAACAAGCAAUAUUCCAAGGAGUUUAAAGCGAAAGAAGUUUCCGAAGGGGACGAGAGCAAAGAUUUUUGGAAUGUUCUCGGUGGAAAGACAGGCUUUGUUUCACUUCUUGAAGGUUUGUAACCCUUUACUCCCUAACAUCAGUAUGGAUAUUCUCCAUUCUGUUCUCCAUACAUUUUCUAAGGUACUGAGAAGGAGAACUUGUCUAACAAUCAAGAGCUUCUUUUUUUGUUGAUCAUUUCCUUUAUUCUCGUAACUUAAAUGUUUGAUUCAGGGUUGACAUUGUGAGGAGAAAUUGGAUUGUAGUCACUCUAAGGGACCAAAGGGUUAACUUACUGUGAGACUGGAGCGUGAAAUAGAAAAUUCCCUCGAUUGAAGCGGGGUAAUCCUCGCAUCAAAUGAAUUGCAGUUAAUAAUAUGCUAGGCGCCUUAUCGCGUAAAGUGGCUUUAUUUAAACUGCUACUUGGUCAUCUCAGAACUGAGUUAAUGUAACAUCCUUUCGUUUCUGUAAAUUACUGUGAGACUGGAACGUGAAAUAGGAAAUUCCCUCGAUUAAAGCGGGGUAAUCCUAGCAUUAAAUGGAUUACGGUAAAUAAUAUGUCAGGCGCCUUCUUGUGUUAAGUGGCUUUAUUUAAACUGCUGUUUGGUAUUCGUAGCAUCUCAGAACCGAGUUAAUGUAACAUCCUUUCGUUUCUGUGACAGAUUCGAAGAAACAUGACUAUACGAUGCGUGUUUUCCACCUGAAGAGCUCCAGUGGCUCGUUUGAGGCCAUUGAAGUGUUAAACCAAGCUAGAUCUGAUCAUAUCACACCUUAUCCGAUUCUUCAAUCACAACUGUACUCAGCAGAUCAACCAGGUAUGAAGGAUGAAGGGCCUCAUGUUGGUAGGAUUUCACAAUACAAUUUCUGCACCCAAUUUUGCUCGUAAUUAAGCAUUCACGAAAAAAGAAACACGUGAGCGGUUAGAGUUUAGGUGAACUUUGAUUAGUGCAUUUGAUGAAUUGAAAACAGCGAUUUGAUGGAGCAAAUACGCAAGUUGAAAUUAAAACGAAAGGCUGUUUGUUUUAGCUGUACACGGGUCAGACUGAAGCACGUUACGAAUAAAUGUCGUAAAACCAAAGCCAACGUGAUUGACGAAGUCGCGAUUUGUUUUCGUUUGACUUCUCGUUGGUUAAGGAAAGUAGCGUAAGUUCUGUGGACCAAUCAGAAGGGGUGCUUUCGGUUAGUGUCAACCUUCGAUUCAGAAUUUUCCGGUUGUUAUAUAACCUUUUGAAUGCUGUUUCCUCCUGUCUCAGCCUUGUUUAUGGUGGACGCUGUGCACGUCAUUUAUCUUUGGCACGGCUGGUGGCCGAGUGGAGACGAUUCCGAGUCCAGAGCCUCAACAACAGGCUCCGCGGAAACGCGAUGGAGCAACGACAAACGGCUGUCGAUGGAAACCAUCAAGUCAUACGCAACAGGUAUAAUAUGAUGUAACAUUUAAAAUCCUUUUUACCUCAAGGAGGGUCGGCAUACAAGUUCAAGUGCUGUGUGUGGCGCCUCACUCUGUUAUUGUGUUGUGUUGUGUUGUGCUGGAACGUAUUUCAGAGUAGCUGUCUCAUAAAAGAACCGAUAUUCUGGGAAACUUGGCCAGCAAAUACUUUGGUAGGAUACCUAAGGGUAUUAUUAUUCUGUGUACGAGUGAUGCCUCCCUUAAAAUAAUCUACUCCUAUUCGUGUCCUUUAGAAUCCCUGGCUACCAGUGUUGUUACCGGCCACUUGUUUCUGAAGCGCCAGCUACUUUAAUUAAAGACAAACCCUGUAUAUAACUGACUGUUUUGACUAAUCUGAAAUACGUUUUAUUCUUUGCGGGCGACUGUUUUAUUCAUGUAUAGCUUUCCAAAAAUUUGUUGAGAAUACUGCUUCUAGUUCAAGGCUACUUUUUCUUUUCUUUACAGUCUCUUUAAAAUCUUGUAACUGCACAAACUCAGUUGUUUGUCGAUGUGACACAUAUUAAGUAGCCUUGAAGCAGGCCCUUUUUAUUAGGCACGAUCAUUUCUUUGCCCGAAGUAAAAUAUGAGAAUCGAGAGAGAGGUCGGUUAGGCGUCCUCAUUAUUGGUGCCAGAUCCCCGGCAAACCUCUCCCCGACUCGUCUUUAAUCUUCCCGAGGGCGGAGAAACGCGCAUCGUGCUCACAGGCUACAUUUUUGGGUAGAAGUGCGUCCUGAUUAGAUUUUGUCUUUUUUAGAACUAAAGCGCGACUUCUCUCAAGUAUUCAUUGUAUUUGCUGGUCUGGAACCAAAAUCGUUCAAACUGCUUUUCCCAUUCUGGGAGGAAAGACCCGACGUGGCCAAAAUAAACAUUGCGGUGAGUAAUGAUUGACUUCAUUUGGAAAAAAAUUAUUGCAAUCCUUGUGCCAUUUUUAGGAAAAAAUCUAAAGGACUUGUUUUGAUAAAACCUCGUUAUUCUUUUAGGAUGGUAAAGCUGACGGCGAUACGGUAAAAGUAGAAACAGAACUUACCAAACUCUCAAGGUAUGUUGUUGAGAAACAUAAAAAUGACUCUCAAACAGUCUUGCAGGGGAAAAUUGAUGUGUUUGUAUUUCGAUUUAUAGGCAGGAGUACAGUUUAGAAGAACUGAAACAAAAACCGCCCCCUGAAGGGGUUGAUCCGUCAAGACUUGAGACAUAUCUGAGUGCAGACGACUUUCAGGUAAGAAAAUAA